AUGACAGAAUCACCUGCAAUUGACUUUGACGUGUUAUUUUACGAUCAUUUAAUCAAAGAAGAACCAAAAUUGGUAAAUAAAGUGUUCAGUGCGCAACGACGAGAUGAAUUAGAAAAGAGACGACGGUCAUCUGGUAAUUUUAAGCCGCUUAAAGAGGUUGUAAAGGAGUAUAAUAAAAUUGUAUGUCGAAAACGUAGCGCGAAUGGUAUUAUCAGUAAUUCACCAAUUGUUAAGAAAGCUCUAAGACAAAAUGAAAUAGAUGAUUCAAGCGGUAGCUCAGAUAGCGAGGAUCCAAUCAAGCAGGCUGCGACGAAUAUAAUCAAGAGUGGAGGAACAAAACGGCCUCCUGUUCCAUCAUCAUCUUCAAGUUCUGAUUCUGAUAUUCCUGGACAAAUGAUUUCGAAAACAGUUAAAUUACCACAAACAAAAUUGUCCGGAUUCAGUAAUUUAUUAAUCACAACAAAGAAGGACGCGAAAAUUGCCAAACUCUCUCCAUCGCUUAAUCUCUUGACAGCAAAGAAGCAAAUUAAAAAGGAUAGUUCUAGUUCAUCAAGCGGUUCAGAUGAGGUUACGAAGGAAGAAAUUAAAAUCUCAUCAACUGCAAAACAAGUUGUAUCGAAGAAGGAUUCGUCGACAAGUUCUAGCAGUGACGAUAGUAAUAGUGCUACAAAAAGGAAAUUACUACAAAGUAGGCCCGGAAAGCCAGUCAGUGUUUUGUUUAACUCUAAUUUGAAGAAUAGUGUGGUUCCAGGAAGCUCAUCUGACACUAGUACUGAUGAUAAUGAUGGUAUGGGUUCGAAUGUAAAAGGAAAAAUUACUGGAGGAGCAGUUUCAGUUGCACCAUCUGCUAGUUUAGGAAAUGCGGUUGUUGCAAAAAGAUUGCCUAAAAGUUCAUCUGAGAGCACUUCAAGUGAUGAUGAUGCAGAUAAGAGUUCCAGACCAUUAGUGCAAGGAAAUGUUUUCGAGAAAGCUGUUUCAACUGCGCGAAGCGCUAAUGUAAGAAGUGCAGCUGUUGCGAAAAAAUCUGAAAGUUCUUCUGAUAGCACUUCUAGCAAUGAUGAUGAUGCGGACAAAAGCCUAGGACUGAGAAAUGGCAUUAGGAAAGCAAUGCCAGCUACGCUAGGUGCUAAUGCGAAAAAUAUAGUCCCUGCAAAAAAAUUGGCUGAAAGUUCAUCUGACAGCACUUCAAGUGACGAGGAUGAUAAUACUGAUGAGAAUGCGAAGCCACUAAUGCAGGGAAAAGCUCUGGAGAAAGCAGUUCCAGCAACAUUAAGCGGUAAUUUAAAGAACACGGCUGUUACGAAGAAACCAUCUGAAAGUUCUUCUGACAGCACUUGUAGCAGUGAUGAUGAUGCUGACAAAAGGUUGAGGCCAGGAAAUAUUCCCAAGAAAGCAUUGCCAGCCACGCUAAGUGCUAAUGCGAAAAAUAUAGUUCCUGCAAAAAAAAUGGCUGAAAGUUCAUCUGACAGCACUUCAAGUGACGAGGAUGAUAAUACAAAUAAAAGCGUGAAGCCACCAAUGCAGGGGAAAGCAAUUCCAGCAACAUUAAGCAGUAAUUUGAGGAAAGCAGCUAUUACGAAAAAAUCAUCUGAAGCUUCCUCUGACAGCACUUCUAGCAGUGAUGAUGAUGCGGACAAAAGGUUGAGGCCAGGAAAUAUUCCCAAGAAAGCAUUGCCAGCCACGCUAAGUGCUAAUGCGAAAAAUAUAGUUCCUGCAAAAAAAUUGGCUGAAAGUUCAUCUGACAGCACUUCAAGUGACGAUGAUGAUACAAAUGAGAAUGCGAAGCCACAAAUACAGGGAAAAGCUCUGAGGAAAGAAGUUCCAGCAACAUUAAGCAGUAAUUUGAGGAAAGCAGCUAUUACGAAAAAAUCAUCUGAAGCUUCCUCUGACAGUACUUCUAGCAGUGAUGAUGAUGCGGACAAAAGGUUGAGGCCAGGAAAUGUUCCCAGGAAAGCAGCUCCAGCUACUGUAAGUGCUAAUGCGAAAAAAACAAUUCCUGCAAAAAAAUUGGCUGAAAGUUCAUCUGACAGCACUUCAAGUGACGAUGAUGAUGAUACAAAUGAGAACGCGAAGCCACCAAUGCAGGGGAAAGCAGUUCCAGCAACAUUAAGCAGUAAUUUGAGGAAAGCAGCUAUUACGAAAAAAUCAUCUGAAGCUUCCUCUGACAGUACUUCUAGCAGUGAUGAUGAUGCGGACAAAAGGUUGAGGCCAGGAAAUGUUCCCAGGAAAGCAGCUCCAGCUACUGUAAGUGCUAAUGCGAAAAAAACAAUUCCUGCAAAAAAAUUGGCUGAAAGUUCAUCUGACAGCACUUCAAGUGACGAUGAUGAUGAUACAAAUGAGAACGCGAAGCCACCAAUGCAGGGGAAAGCAGUUCCAGCAACAUUAAGCAGUAAUUUGAGGAAAGCAGCUAUUACGAAAAAAUCAUCUGAAGCUUCCUCUGACAGCACUUCUAGCAGUGAUGAUGAUGCGGACAAAAGGUUGAGGCCAGGAAAUGUUCCCAAGAAAGCAAUACCAGCCACGCUAAGUGCUAAUGCGAAAAAUAUAGUUCCUGCAAAAAAAUUGGCUGAAAGUUCAUCUGACAGCACUUCAAGUGACGAUGAUGAUGCAAAUGAGAAUGCGAAGCCACAAAUGCAGGGAAAAGCUCUGAGGAAAGAAGUUCUAGCAACAUUAAGCAGUAAUUUGAGGAAAGCAGCUAUUACGAAAAAAUCAUCUGAAGCUUCCUCUGACAGUACUUCAAGUGACCAUGACGGUGUAAAUAGAAGUGUGAAGCAAUUUGUGCAGGGAAAAGUUCUUGGGAAAAGAGUUGCGGGCACGUUAACUGGUAAUUUGGGAAACGCGGCUGUUACGAAGAAGUCAUCUGAAUUUUCAUCUAAUAGUAGCGAUGAUAGUGCAGAAAAGAAUCAGAAACAAGACAUAAAUAAGUCUCUUACAGUCCCGGAAAAUGAGAAACUUAAUGAUUGUGGGAAAAUUUUGGAUAAGAGGACUUCCAAGAUUCUAGCACAAACACCCGCGAAAGCUAUGUCUUGCACUGAGAAAUUUCGAGUUAAAGAACAUUUAGAUGAUGGCAGUUCGGAUUCCGAAAGCGAUAUUGAUAAAACACCGGCUAAAAAAACAAAGUUGCAGGUUCAACACAAAGCAGCAGUGGCAAUUCGAAAGAAAGCGGCAGAUAUGAGCUCAUCAGAUUCUAGUGACAGUGAUAGCAAUAAUGUAAGGAAGCUAGCGAAAAAUACGCAAAAAAAGUCUACCACCGUCUCGAGUAGUGCCAUGAAGAGUAACUCGAGUUUUCCGGAUUCUGAUGAGUUAGACCUUGAGAUAACAGGAAAAACUAAGGCAGCAAUAGCAGUUAGAGAUAAAACCUUUUCAAAUGAGAACACAUCAUCUUCUGAUUCCAGCAGUAAUAGCCAAGUAAGGAAAGCACAAAUUGCAGCCGUUGCACAUCUCAAACAGCCAAAAAAAUCGUUGCAGCAAGUGGCCGUUCAGUCGGAAGUCAAGUCGAGUUCUGAUUCAUCUUCAGAUUCCGAAACAGUUAUUCCUGAAAAAAUAGCACGGAAGCAACAACCAGUUAGGCUACAGCAUCAGCAGGAAGUGACAAGAAAGCAAAAAUUAAUGGAUGAUAGUUCAUCUGAUGGUAGUUCUUCCGAUGAUACUGUAGUUAAGACAGCUGAAAUGAUUAACAAAGCGGGUAGGAGAAAGAUUGAAAAUUCGUCAGAAUUAAGUCUGAGUAUAAAUAAAAUCGCCACCACAUCACUUGAACAUUUACAUCAAAAAUCAGCAUUAAAACUGUCAAGUAAUUCCAAAGUUUCUGUAGAAAGCAAUUCCGAAACUUCGUCAGGUUCAGAUUCUGAUGAAGCUACUUUGAGACCGUCGCAGUUGCAAACUGUAGCAGAGGUGCAGAUAAAUGGCAAACCUAAUGUUACAAAAGAUUCUGCUACCUCAUCAGAUUCAAGCUCAGAGAGCGAUAUGACUUCAAAGGAAAGAAACGUUGCAGUUAUUUGUAAGCAGGCUAAUAAAGGAACGUCAAAAGAUGUUAUCGGAUCCACAAAGAAAGCAGCAGCGAAACAGUUUGAUCAUUCUUUAAGUGGAACUGAUGAAGGCAAUGGUAAAAGGAAAGGUAGUAAUACUUUGGGGAAAGCUAUCGACACUCUGAAAGCAGAUUCGUACGAGGAGGACAAAAAUAAAAAGAGUCGGAGUCAAAAAAACGCAGAUUUAAAGAAGGAAGACAAUAACACGGACUUGAAGGAUGAAAAUGAUGAUCCGGAGAAAAUGGGCAACAAUCAGAAAAGUAUGGGCAAAAACAAUAAAAAACAAAAGGUAUUGCAGAAUGAACCGUUUCGUCGAGUGAAGACUUCGAAGGAUGAAUUGCAUGACAAAUUUCGCGAUAAUUCUUAUCGAACAAAAACAUACGACCAGUGGGGUAGAAAAGCGUAUGAAGAUAUGAAAAAUGUACAGGGCAAAGGAUUUCGGCAUGAAAAAACGAAGAAGAAACGUGGGUGCUACAGUGGUGGUAGUGGUGCAAAGAUUGAUACCAGCUCUCACUCGAUUAAAUUUAGUAGUGAUACUGAUUGA